GGUGGAUGUUCAUGUGUGAUGGAUGGCUGGAGAAUGAUAAUUCUAUGGGGUGCAUUGGUCUGGCUGCCUUUAUUUGCUGGUCCAUUUGGAAGUGGUUUAUAAGCAUCCGCGCUGGGAUCCUUUUGACGAUGCUCAACGUGCUCUCUUUGCCUUUCAGGAGUUUUUGGAGGUGUCACGGCAACAUUCGCUGUUAAUUUAUGAAUUAUGCUCUGCUGUGAUGAAUUUUAUUGCAUAUCUUAGGUUUUAAAGAUUCUAUCCACAACACGAACACAAUGUGUUUGAUCACACACUGACUACAGCUUCUACUUUAAACAUUUUACAGUGGUCUCUCUCUGUCAACUUCUUAGAUCGUCAGUUCAUCUUCACACCCGUAUCAGAAAAACCAGAACCAACUACGAACAGAUUGGUUUCAUUCUGACCUUUUUACAUAUAUAUUUUCAUCGCAAUCUUGGUCAUGCCCUCCGGAAACGCCGUCGUUUUCUGCGUUCUUGCAUUGAGUUGCUUCGCUUCAUUGAUUUCUGCUCAACCAAAGUUGCCUCAAGACGAAGUGUAUGCACUUCAGCAAAUUCUAACUACAAUGGGUGCAACAUAUUUGAAGUUCAAUGCUGAUUCUUGCCAACUUGAAAUGGUGGCUGGGAGACAGGCACCUAGUGGUUCUGAAUGCAAUGUUGAAUGUGAUUGCCAGUUUGAGAACAACACCGUUUGUCACGUCGUAAGCAUUGUGCUUAAGAAAUAUAGUCUUCCUGGCGUGCUUCCACCUGAACUGGUGAAUCUUCCUUAUCUCCAAACAAUUGAUUUUGCGUAUAAUUACCUUAAUGGUACCAUACCACGUGAGUGGGCUUCAUUACAUUUGAAUACAAUCUCUGUUCUCGCGAACCGCUUAUCAGGGGAAAUCCCAAAAGAGUUGGGAACUUUUUCCAAUCUCACAUACCUGAGCCUUGAAGCAAAUCAAUUUUCUGGGACUGUUCCUCCUGAGCUUGGAAAAUUAAUUAACUUGGACACUUUGAUGUUGUCCUCCAAUCACUUGACGGGAAAGCUACCAAUGGAAUUUUCUGGGCUAAGAAAUUUAACCGAUUUUAGGAUAAACGAUAACAACUUCAAUGGAACAAUACCGGAUUUUAUACAGAACUGGAAAAAACUUCAAAGAUUAGAAAUGCAUGCAAGUGGACUGGAGGGACCCAUUCCUUCGAGCAUAUCUCUUCUGGACAAGUUAACUGAAUUAAGGAUUAGUGACAUAAAUGGGAUGAAUCAGGGAUUUCCCAAUCUGAGCAACGCUGAAGGCUUAGUAAGACUGGUUCUGAGAAACUGCAACAUUUCCGGAGAAGUCCCCCCAUACAUUUGGAUAAUGAAGAACCUGCAAAUGUUGGAUGUUAGUUUUAACAGGUUAACUGGUGAAAUUCCAAAUGACAUAAACACAAGAACCUUAAAGUUCGUGUUUUUAAGUGGCAACAUGUUAAGCGGAGAUAUACCUGCCUCAAUCUUGAAGGAGGGAAGUAAUAUUGAUCUUUCCUACAAUAACUUUACAUGGCAAGGUCCUGAGCAACCCUCUUGUCAAGAAAACAUGAAUCUAUACAUAAACUUGUUUAAAAGCUCUUCAGCAGAACACCCCUUAAAGAGUAUUCUUCCAUGUACAAAGGAUUUCAACUGUCCACGAUAUGGGUGCUCUUUGCAUGUUAAUUGUGGUGGCAAUGAUCUGCGUAAUCGUACUGUUUUGUAUGAAGGAGAUGCACAUGUUGAAGGUGGUACUGCAAAAUAUUUUAGAAACAGUAAUAGUUACUGGGGAUUUAGCAGUACUGGGGACUUCUUGGAUGAUGAUAAUUACCAAAAUGCACGUUAUACUGAAGUUGUGGCAUCAACAAACAUCUCCGAAUUUUAUAGGACCGCACGUCUUUCUCCUCUUUCACUUACUUAUUUCCGUUAUUGUUUAGAAAAUGGGGAUUACACUGUUAGUCUGCACUUUGCGGAAAUACAGUUCAUAGAUAACAAUACAUUUAGUAGUCUUGGGCGCCGAAUAUUUGAUAUUUAUAUUCAGGAAAAAUUAGUUUGGAAGGAUUUCAAUAUUAAAGAUGAGGGUCAUGGGGCGCAAAGGCCAGUGGUGAAACAAUCUAAUGCUAGUGUGACAAAUAAUAUGUUAGAGAUCCGAUUUUAUUGGACUGGGAAAGGGACUACACGCAUUCCUGAUAGAGGAGUUUAUGGCCCUCUUGUAUCAGCUAUUUCGGUCCAUCCGAAUUUCAAAACUUGUUCAGCUGGUGGAGGCAAAAAGAACGUAGCUAUUUAUGCUACUGUUGGAGUUGUAGCAUUUUGUAUUAUUUUCGUAAUAUUCAUUAUCCUUUGGUGGAAAGGCUGUUUCAAAGGUGGGAAAGGAAGAGGAAAAGAUUUUGAAGGGCUAGAGUUGCAAACGGUUUCGUUUACUUUAAAACAGAUUAAGACUGCCACUAACAACUUCGAUUCUGCGAACAAGAUUGGAGAAGGUGGUUUUGGUCCUGUUUACAAGGGUCUUUUACCUGAUGGUACCAUAAUUGCAGUGAAGCAGCUCUCCUCUAAAUCUAGACAAGGAAAUCGUGAAUUUUUAAACGAGAUAGGCAUGAUUUCUUGUUUGCAACACCCAAAUCUUGUUAAGCUUCACGGGUGUUGUAUUGAAAAGGAUCAAUUAUUGCUGGUAUAUGAGUACAUGGAAAACAACAACCUGGCCCGUGCUUUGUUUGCUUCAGAGAACAGUCAAUUAAUACUGGAUUGGCCAACAAGGCUUAAGAUCUGUAUUGGGAUCGCUAGAGGUUUAGCUUUUCUGCAUGAAGAGUCGAGAUUCAAGAUUGUUCACAGAGACAUUAAAGCUACUAAUGUGCUACUUGAUAGAGACCUCAACCCUAAAAUAUCUGACUUUGGAUUAGCCAAGCUUUAUGAAGAUGAGGAGAAGACCCACAUUAGCACUCGAAUUGCUGGUACCAUAGGAUAUAUGGCACCGGAGUAUGCAUUAUGGGGUUACCUGAGCUACAAGGCAGAUGUUUACAGCUUUGGAAUUGUAGUUUUGGAAAUUGUUAGUGGAAAGAACAACAACAAUUACAUGCCAAGUAACAAUUGCAUUUGUCUUUUUGAUUGGGCUUGUAGCUUACAACAAAAUGGAAACCUAUUGGAGCUUGUCAAUCAGAAGUUGGGGUCUCAAGUCAACAAAGAAGAAGCAGAAACAAUGGUCAAAGUAGGACUCUUGUGCACAAAUGCAUCUCCUUCACUUCGACCUACAAUGACCGAGGUUGUGAACAUGCUUGAAGGACAAACGAGCAUUCCAGAGGUUAUACCAGAUGCAAAUACAUAUACUGAUGAUUUUAGGUUUAAAGCCAUGAGAGACUUUCAUCGAGAGAAGCAAAGGCAAAUUUUCAGUGGCAGCCAAACCCAAAAUUCAACACUGUUCGAGAGGAGAUAGGCUCUUCCUCUACUUGUACUGAUGAAAUUCACCUGAGUACAGUAUCUUACUGAUAAUGCUCGAUGAUAUUCUUUGAUGGCAUACCUACCUUACUUGUGCAGUUCUCCUUCUCCUUGGCAUUGGAUGAAAGAUACUGCAGCUCCUUCUCCAGGUGCAUCCUUAUACUGUAUUUUAUUUAUUGGAUUCUAUUCAACAAGGUUGCAGCAUCACAUGUCGUACAUUAUUUUAAAUUAGAUUUACAUUAGGGGAGGAGUAUUAUGUGGAAUAGGGUUCUUUCUUUUUUUUGGUAAAUGGGUUCUUUCUUCUUUCUAGGUGACAAUUUGUGAAUUUAGUCUCAGAAUUUUGUCACACCAAAUAUACAGAAUUUAGAAUGCUUUUUGUA